CAAGGUGCGGGGAAUGGGUUGCCCGGACUGGGAGCCGAGAUGGACCUACGCCGGAAGUCCGGAGCUUGAGAUCCGGGGCUGCUACAAUGGCGCACAUCACCAUUAACCAAUAUCUGCAGCAGGUAUAUGAAGCCAUCGACACCAGAGAUGGAGCAUCCUGUGCAGAGUUGGUAUCUUUUAAGCACCCCCAUGUUGCAAACCCCCGGCUUCAGAUGGCUUCUCCAGAAGAGAAAUGUCAGCAAGUUUUGGAACCCCCUUAUGAUGAAAUGUUUGCAGCUCAUUUAAGGUGUACCUAUGCAGUUGGGAACCAUGACUUCAUAGAGGCAUACAAAUGCCAGACAGUGAUAGUUCAAUCAUUCCUAAGGGCAUUUCAGGCCCACAAAGAAGAAAACUGGGCUCUACCUGUCAUGUAUGCAGUAGCACUUGACCUUCGAAUAUUUGCCAAUAAUGCAGAUCAGCAGUUGGUAAAGAAAGGGAAGAGCAAAGUCGGGGACAUGCUGGAAAAAGCUGCUGAGCUGCUGAUGAGCUGUUUCCGAGUCUGUGCUAGUGACACCCGUGCUGGCAUAGAGGACUCGAAGAAGUGGGGGAUGCUGUUCCUGGUGAACCAGUUAUUUAAAAUCUACUUUAAGAUAAACAAACUCCAUUUGUGUAAACCUCUGAUCAGAGCCAUUGACAGCUCAAAUUUGAAAGAUGACUACAGCACUGCACAGAGAGUCACAUACAAAUACUAUGUUGGACGGAAGGCCAUGUUUGACAGUGACUUCAAGCAAGCUGAGGAGUACCUGUCAUUUGCCUUUGAACACUGCCAUCGCUCCAGUCAGAAGAACAAGAGGAUGAUUCUGAUCUACUUGCUGCCAGUGAAGAUGCUGCUGGGUCACAUGCCGACCAUUGAACUUCUGAGGAAGUACCACCUCAUGCAAUUUUCAGAAGUGACCAAAGCUGUAAGUGAGGGUAAUCUGCUGCUGCUCAACGAGGCACUGGCAAAGCACGAGACUUUCUUCAUCCGCUGUGGCAUCUUCCUCAUCCUGGAGAAGCUGAAGAUCAUUACUUAUAGGAACCUCUUCAAGAAAGUGUAUUUGUUACUCAAAACACAUCAGCUGUCUCUAGAUGCCUUUCUGGUUGCCUUGAAAUUCAUGCAUGUGGAAGAUGUGGACAUUGAUGAAGUUCAGUGCAUUCUGGCCAACUUGAUAUACAUGGUAUUUGAGUCAUCACAGCUACAUAUCCCAUCAGCAUCAGAAGCUGGUCGUCAGCAAGCAAAACCCCUUUCCCCCACUGUCCACCGUGUGCUGAUGCCCAGACCCUGUGCACAGAGAGCAUUCUCCUUGGAACCCAGACUUGCUACGAGCUGUUUGCUGCAGCCCAAGUCUUCUGGUGCUUCUCCAGGGCCGCAUGAGACACUGUGCCGGCACACAGAAUAUCUAGCCAUGUUCUCCAUUGUCAUAACCAACUUCAGCCUUGCAGGAUCUGGGAUUCCUUUUCAGGAUGUACAAGCACCCCUGCUGUCCUGUAGUGUUUGUGAACUGCUGGGAAGGAGGCAGCUAUGCUUCACUUUUAUGUAUUGUUCAUGAAGGCGAUCUUUGUAACUUUUUGUAGUUCUUUCUUUUUUUUU